CACAAGUUGUUGACCAACCAAUAGAAACUAGAUGGGUUUAUGUGCUUCAUCCUAAUCCUUUCUUUAUUCCCUUCCCAACUUUACUUUUCUUUUCUUUUCAAACCCAACCCAACACAACCCAACUCAUAUUCAUAUUCAUCUCAUGGAUUCACCCUCUCAACCUAAUGGAUCCUCAUCACAAACACAACCCAAUGUUGUCAACAAUGGUCACACCCAUCAAACACUUUCAGGUUUGAAAUCCUCCAACUUCAUAGGCAAGCACAGAUUAGCCGCCAUCAUAUCUCAACAGACUCAACAAAUUCAGGUUAUUCAGGAGGAGCUGGAUCAGCUGGAAACACUUGGUGAAUCAUCACUUGUGUGUCAACAGCUGGUAUCCAGUGUUGAAUCAAGUACAGAUGCUCUGUUACCUGUGACAAGAGGGCCAGCGGAUGGCGGAUGGGAUCGAUGGUUUCAAAGAGCGAAUCAAUCUUCUUCGCGAAAUCGCAAACGUUGGAUAUGAUAUGAUAUUCGUCGGUUUUUGAUUUCCUUUGUAAAUCGUUGUUCCAAAGUUUAAAGAGUUGAAACAAUGGAAAACGGAUCUUGUAAGCGCUUUAUUUUGUUUUGUUUUGUUUUUUGUUAAGGCAUAUGUAAGAGUGGUUUGUUUUUCAAGCUUGUUAGUGUUACAAGCAUCCAAAGUUAUCCUACAAGUAGUUUGACCUUCUCCA